AUGUACGUCGCUACUGAGGUUGUCAAAGCCUACUAUCGCAGCACCCGAUCUCUUUCCGUAGAGCCUGACCACCUUGAAGAUCUCACUGACCUGGUGUAUCGAGAUCACUUCCACCUGGGUGUCAAGCCUCUCGAUCACAUCCGGCGCCUUGAAAUUCCCUUACGUCAAGACGUUCUCAUCGGACGAGGCGAGCAGACAAGAUGCAAACUCCAGAGUACGGAAGGCCUGGAAACUUUUCGGUACCAUCUUGAAGUGCUCUUGAACGUGCGAGUCAAGAAGGGGUUUCAACUGACGAUCCUACUCACAUGGCAUGCCUUUCACAUCUACUGUAUGCCAGCUCUGGAGCGAUCACGCGCAGUAGUUAACAAGUCGCUCACGGAAGAUGCCAAAGUAAGUGUACUUGCUUGGGACAUUGAAGGGCUCGAGGAAUAUGACGUCUCGGACUACUACACGCUCUCAUCGGUCGACUGGCAGAAAAAGUGGAUUUGGAAGGUGCAGAAAGACCAUCGCCGUAAAGGCCACUUCUCAGGCUAUGAUGAUUUUGGGACAUUCCCUAGUGGGUUCUCAAUGUUCGAGGACUUGACAGAUGAUGCAGAAAAGGCUGCAGAACGAGAAGAGUGGGAAGACGACCAGGACAAGGUGUUUUUGGAAGCUCUGGCGGGCUUAGAGGGUCCAACCAGGACCGUUCCCGUGUCCUACCCCUUUUCCAAUUUACAACUCUGA